CAAGAUGCAAGGGAACAAGACAACCGCCAUUGUGGGUGGAAAUGAUAUUGACAGCAAGUGUAGCGACAAUGCCGACCAAAUACAGAAAAUGGGGAUAAUUGACGUUGAGGAUGGUGACAGCGAAGGGCUCAUCGAUUCAGUGCCUAACUCAAAGCUGGUGAGGAAAAUCGACCUUAAAUUGAUGCCAAUUAUGUGUAUCACCUAUGCUCUACAGUAUUAUGACAAGGUGCUUCUCGGACAUGCAGCGAUAUAUGGCCUCAUAGCCGACCUGAACCUUCAGGGUCUCCGAUAUUCGAACGCUUCUAUGAUAUUUUAUUGUGGAUACAUCGCUGGUGCCUUUCCAGUGUCAUUGAUCACCCAGAGAUACCCAGCUAACAGAGCAUGCGCGGCGCUGUGCAUGAUGUGGGCAACAGUUGCGCUCUCGACGGCUGGAUGCACUACGUAUGCCGGCCUGUUAGCAAACAGAUUCUUCCUCGGUGUGGUAGAGAGUGGAAUCUCACCGACUUUUAUGAUUAUUACUUCCGAAUGGUACAGCCCUGCCGAGCAGGUCCUUCGGUCUGGCUUCUGGUUUAGCUCCAGCGGCGGAGCAAAUCUAUUCGCCCCAGCAAUCAGCUACGGAAUCGGCCAUAUCAAUUCAGGAAGCCUCGACUCCUGGCAAUAUAUGUACCUGCUCGUUGGUACUAUCACGUUUGUUUGGUCGCUUGUCAUCUUUUUCUUCUUUCCGCACUCUCCCGUCAAGGAGAAUGGGUUCACGCCCGAAGAGAAGGCCUUGAUAUUGACUCGGAUAAAGACAAACAAUGUUGGGUCCACGAACAGACAGUUCAAGUGGAGGCAGGUGCUGGAAUGUUUGACUAGCGUCAAUUUCUGGUGCAUUUUCCUGAUGGCCACGUCCAGCACUGUCACAAAUGGUCCGAUAUCAUCCUUUGGACCGAUCAUAUUAAGUGGUAUGGGCUUCACAAAGUCUCAAGCAUUGCUACUGAACAUACCGACUGGAGCCAUGGCGGUUAUCUGCGUCCUAGGCUCGGCAACGCUGGGUAGUAAGAUCCCCAAUGUUCGCCUGUACAUCAUUAUGGGUGCUUCGAUGUUGACUAUUUUGGGAGGGUGUCUCGUAUGGAGACUCCCUCUGUCCAACAACGGGGGACGGCUGACCGGCUUCUACUUUUUGAAUUUCUUUUCAUCAGCAUAUGUCCAAGUUAUUGGGCUUGGGACUUCGAAUGUAUCUGGAUAUACGAAAAAGACCACACUUUCUGCGGGUGUAUUUGUCGGAUACUGUCUGGGAAAUAUCAUUGGACCUCUAAUGUUCAAGACCUCAGAUGCGCCGCGGUAUGAUCCCGGUAUGAUGGGCACGGUGGCUUGCCUCUCGUGCAGCUUCUUCAUCGCCAUCGUUCUCAGAUUCUACCUCUCAUGGGAGAAUCGACGUAGAGAUAGAGCAUUCGGAGAGCCGGGGUGUGAGAAUGGUUUGUCGGAUCUCACGGACCAGGAGAACAAGGACUUCCGGUACAAGCUUUGA